GGUUCAGCUGGACUCAAGCCUGUUGGAGCCAAAUCUGAUUAGAGAAACAGUUAAAUGGAACGCUCUGGAGCUACAACUCACUUCAAAGCUUACUGAACUCAGCAGAAAGGAACCAGAAGUUCAGUUAAUAAAGGACAUUUGAGGAUGCAUGUCCAGAGAUCUGGGAUGUUGUAAACUUCGCAGACGUUCCCCUAGAAGAGGUCAUUGCAGCAGCAGUUUCCGUGCCGAGAAAUUGACACCAGCACCAGUGAUGCCAGGCAGUGUGAGUCCUGUCCUUCUCUUGUCUCUGUCCCUGACUGUGGGUUCAGUCCUGGGCCAGUCGUCUUCCCACAAUACCUUCAUCAUCCAGUACUUAGAGAGGAGACUUGCACAGAUGGAGGAACGUCUGAAUCGAUGUGAGCAAAACACAGUGGACGUAACACAGAAGAUCUACGACCUCUCCUCUGAAGUCAGGAAUCACUUGUCCACUGUCAGCGGUCUGAGAUCAGAGGUGAGGAGCCAGGUGGAUGGCGUUUCUGUGCGUGUAGACCGGGUGGAGAGAGAGUUGGAGUAUCUAGAAAAUAAGAUCCCCAGCCUGCCCAACAUUGAGAUGGAGCAGGCACUGCUGGAACAAGAGAUAAAAGCCGAGGAAUUGGACCAGCUGAAAAAGAAAGACAGAAUCAAACUGGACAAUGACUGCAGCACAGUCCUGAGUACAGUCAAGUCUCUGAAGAUUGUGAAGAGAGAGGGAGACACCUAUGGUUCCUGGUUCAAGGACCCCUCUGAAGGAUCAGCUAAGGUCUACUUCCUCAGUGGGCUUAGAAACAACACCCUGCUGGAAUAUGUUAAUCUGAAGCGCUUCACAGAGGGAAGCACCACACGGCCAGCGAAGGCAAUAGAGCUGCCUUUUGACUGGCAGGGAACUGGCCAUGUGGUCUACAAUGGAUUCCUCUACUACCACAAGGCAGACACUCCCAACCAGAUACUGAAGGUAGACUUGGUGAACGGUACAGUGGUAGAUAGCACACUGCUGCCAGGAGCAGGUCGUCUACCCGUCUAUGGACUGAACCUCAACACCUACAUGGACCUAGCUGUGGAUGAACUGGGCCUCUGGGUCAUCCAUGCCGACCCUGACUAUGGAGGAAACCUGGUCAUCACCAAACUGGAUAAAUGGACUUUGGCAGUGGAGUACACCUGGGACACACUGUGUAAAAGCCGCGAUGCUGAGGGAGCCUUCCUGAUCUGCGGGACGCUCUACGUGGUCUACAACACCCGCUAUGGAGGACGAUCCGCCAUACAGUGCCUCUAUGACAUCCAUGACACCAUCCACAGUAAUGAGAGUCCUGUGCUGUUCUUCCCGAAGCGCUACACCAGCCACAGCAGCCUGUACUAUCACCCUAAAGACAAACAGCUGUACGCCUGGGACGAUGGCUACCAGACCAUAUACAAGGUGGAGACACGCAGGAAUGACCAAGUCCCUGUUGAAUCAGGAUAAUAUCUACAAUGUUCAUCAGUUAGAAACUUGUCUGUUUUCACGUUUAAACAUACUCUCAAAUUAUGCACUAUAGGGUACAUCUCUUCUCAUAAAGAAAGCAUUUCUAAAAGUUACUGAUGAUCUACUGUUCAGUACCACGAUCCUUUGCUGGCAAUGGUUCCUGCCUUUAUCACUGUUCUUAUUUUAAAGAAAAAGAUCAUGUCCAACCAGAGGCACAUGUUAUGCAUCAUGCAGGCCUCAUGUUUUGUAAUAUCACAAUAAAGAGCAUUGAAGUG